AUGGUAGACAUUAUGGCAGCCAGAAACCCUCGGUCACGGGGCAAUUACACGGUCGGAUGGAUAUGCUGCUUACCUAUUGAGUUGGCAGCAGCGCAAAUGAUGUUUGAUGCGAUACACCCACCAUUACCCCAACAACCAAAUGAUCAAAACGUGUACGUUUUAGGGAGCAUCGGGAGACAUAACAUCGCUGUUGCUUUCCUGCGGAGCGGCGGGGACGAGUUGAGAACAUCUGCAGACGUUGCCAGAGACUUGAUGAACAGCUUUCCUUCUAUCCAAUUUAGUCUUCUCGUCGGUAUCGGUGGAGGGAUACCAAGCAGCGAUCGAGAUAUUCGACUUGGAGAUGUUGUAGUCGCUCAGCCAUCAGCAAUCUCUGGAGGCGUGAUACAGUACGAGCUCGAUCAAGCAUCAAGCGGGAGUCGAUUUGUUCAGUCCGGAAUACUCAAGCCGCCACCUCUUUUUCUCUCAACUGCCCUCAUGUGGCUCAAAGAAACAUAUGAAGUAGAAAGAAGUCGAAUUACCGAGUUCCUCUUCACCAUCGGAAACAAAUCAACAGGGAGCGAUGCUAAACAUUUCAUACGACCAACUCAGGAGGACUGUCUAUACCAAGCGGACUACAGUCAUAGGGAUCCAAGGUUGGAUACAUGUGUCAGUUGUGAUCGAUCAAAACUGAUUCCACGGCCUCCACGAGAUGCUGGCGAGGUGAGGAAUCCAAAAGUCCAUUUCGGACAGGUCGCGUCAUUCAACGGUGAAAUGAGAGAUGGCAAGCUACGGGAUCAACUAGCCCGAGACACGGGAGCGUGUUGUGUGGAGAAGGGUGCAACGGGCCUCAUGGGUGAAUUUCGAUGUCUAGUCAUUCGUGGCAUCAGUGACUACGCCGACUCACAUAAAAAUCGGCGUUGGCAACGAUAUGCCGCGGCAGCGGCGGCAGCUUUUGCUAAAGACCUUCUUUCCAUGAUCUCCCAUCACGAGGCUCAAGAUAAACGAGUGAUACGAGGAAUUCUACCAUCAGAGAAAUUGAACGAGAUCGCUGAUGAGCUCAAGAUCCGGGUCAAUGACUGGCAUGGCCUGGAGUUCAACCGAUUUGGAAAACUGCUUCUGCACGGACAAAUGAGUGUUGGCAAGGACAGAGAAACAUGGCAAAAGUUGGAGUGUUACUUAUUCACCGAGAUGCUCAUCUGCGUCAAGGAGAAGAAGCCAUCAAGCUGCUCCCUCAAGGCUUCUAUUCUCUUCAAGAAGCACUUGAGGUCCCUGGAAACGGACACUGAUGACUACAUACUCUCUUUGAACCUUUCAGUCGACGAACUCCCUUACUUCUACUUGCGCUUCGAUUCUCCUCAACAACGAGAGUUAUGGCGCCGCAUUUUGAUUGAGUUGCACCCGGUGGAGGAUCUGUCGCGCGCUCAGGAUCACAAGUUUGAUCACUCCGAGGUGGAGGGAAAUGACUCUAGACACCCAUCCCUUCCAGCAGAAAACAUUUCUGGCAGAAUAGAUCCACCGAGCUCCACUAUACCACCCACAGACUCUGGAUACGCUUCUAUUUCACAUCGAAAAUUUCCACUUAACACCAUGCCCGCUCACGAACAACAUCAAACACACUCAUAUAAUGAUCUUCAAAGUAUUACCUCUGAUAAUGAAGGGCUUGGGUUACCCCAGGAAGAGUCUGGCAUUGGGGAUGUCGAGAUCGACGUCAACAAAGAUACUCGAUCUAUCUACACGUUUCAGCAUGGUACUUCCCUAAACACGCAGCAAAUCUACAUUUCACACUUGAGUGAAGACUUGUUCAAUAAUGUCCGAUUGGCGCGAUACGCCCAUGAAUCACCAGAGAAUAUUCAUAGUGUUCUUCCACGCCUUUUGAAAGGUUUUGCACUCAGGCUUGGCCAAUACGGCUCAACACAAAUGCAUCGGGACAUCAUGAUAUUUAUUCGUCGAUACAGGCAUGAUAUUGCAAGUAAUUUGAAACUGAGAUACCUGGAGGAUGAGGACGAGUCUCCAGCUCCUGCAAACGAUGACGACAAAAUGGAGUUGGGUGAUAUCAUGAAAUUGUGGUAUCACAACCAGGAAGAUAAAGACAAUGACUUUGAGCAUGAACGAUUCGACACAGAUACUGGACCAGAUGCCUCGGAUGCCAACGAUGAGGUUUUCAUGGAAGAUUAUGACAAAGGACUCCCUGGAAUUGAGGCUUACAGGGAGUUGAUCUCCAAUAGCCAAGCAUAUGAGUGGUUACUUGGAAGUAUUCAAAGAGAGCUUAAUUUAGAGUCAGCAAUGCCAAAUACCCAGGGCUCCAUUCGCAAACGAAUCCUGAAUUUCCUCCCGACACCCAGGACAACGCUAGAUGCUACGCCGGUACGUUAUCGCAAACAUUAUGAUAUUUCAGAAAUGGUCCAUCCAUCUAACCGGCCAAUAGGCGCAAUCGAUGCCAACUAUUCGAUUAAAAGGUCCUGGCUACGGCGGCCAUCGCCUCAAUGCAGGUUUGCCAAUGCCAUCAUUUCAGCAGGCAAGCCCAUCGAAGGCGGCGAUGUAGCCAUCUACGGCAGCAAAGAUGUUCCUUUUAGGAUUGAACGGAGCGACUAUAUGGAGAAGCUUUCUUGGAUCAAUAAACAAUACGUCCUGAUGUGGGAUGUGGGAGGGAAACGGGGGUGGCUGGUGAAUGGAUCCUGCGCUCUAUUGCAUCUUCUUCUUGCUUCAAUCGACUUCAACAGGACUGAUCCACUUUCUUCUGCAUUCCGGCUGGACAAGACAAGCAUCAAGGGCCCCAAGAAACCAUUCACUUCUAGGUCUGCAACGGAAGUAUUGUUGAACCCCGAUAAUCUAUCCUUGGAAAUUUAUCAUGCACAGGAUGGUGAACCGGGGCAAAGAGCGAUACCACCGGUCCGGAUUCGGCAUAGGGUUAAUCUUCUGUAUAGCAUGCUCGAGAAGAUGAUGGACCACCAAGAAGAGAUCCUCGGGGGAAGCAGCGAAGCACUACGCGAUAUGCCUAGGGGUAGACUUGAGGGGUGGGAUUUCAAGGAUCUGGCCACUCAUGAAGACCCGUUAUAUCCUCGAGUUUGUAAGCUAGCAUCCAAAGGAAAAGGCUGGGUUGACCUGAGCAGAGCUGUUCGAGCAAUCACGUUGUUCGGGAACGGAUUUGGUGAGAUUAUCCAGCCGGUUCCAACUAGCAGCUCAUGCUCUCGAUGGAACAGAUUGCCGGAAGGAAAUUCCUACCUUGCUAUCAGCGAUGGCGAUCUUGCAAACAUAAUCGACCGAUUUGGAAACCCUAACAGCAACCCGGUGAGACUGACAAAUCAAUUGAUCUGGUACAAGGCAGAUGAUGAUCUUCGAGCUUGCCAAUGCACUACCGACCCGCAGAAUACAAAACAUUGUGAACUAGCACAUGUCAUUCUGCCUUCACAUUUUAGAAAAAGAAUACCCAAGCAGAACCGCGCUCAGUUAGAAGAUAGGGGGAGUGGUGCGGUGGUUUUCGGUUACAACAGAGACUUACGAUGGUCCUGGAGUGACACUGGGUUUCCCGUGGAAGAACUUUUGCCAUCUUCAGAUGACUCGGAUUCAGAUUCAGAUGAUGAUUUCCAUGACUCGGGACUUGGAACAAGCCUGGCGCCUUCUGCCGCGAAUGAUGGGAAGUCUGAGGAAAUGCCUUCAUUAAGACCGCAGCCUGACGGCCUUACCCAUGAGGACUACGAAGUAGGAAUUGUUUGUGCAUUAUCCAAAGAGCUUCUUGCUGUGCGCGCCUUGUUCGAUCUAUCUUAUCCAGAUCUCGCAAAAGAUGAGAAUGAUCCCAACUGCUACUGCCUUGGCCAGAUCAAAAGGUUCAAGGUGGUUGCCGCAGGUCUUCCGCACAACGACUAUGGCGCAAACUCUGCCGCUAACGUCGCCUCGAAUUUGAUGCGAACUUUUCGGCGGGUCAAAUUUUGUCUGUUGGUCGGCAUUGGUGGAGGAGUCCCUUCUGCGACUAAUGACAUUCGUCUCGGUGACAUAGUCGUCGGCACUGGUGUAAUACAGGUCGACAUGGGGAAACUGAUCUCGGACUCUCAAUUUCAGAGAACAGGAGGGAAACAAACACCACCCGCAUUUUUAGGAUCAGUGAUUACAAAAAUCAAAUCCGAUUGCGACGUCUCUUUCAACUCCGCCUCCAACCCACUUCUCGACGAUAUCAAUCUGAUUGCCUCGCGAAAGCCGGAAUAUCAAUACCCAGGCGCUGGUAGGGACACACUUUUUCACUCGGAACACCUUCAUCCAAGAGGCCAGUUGAAUUGUCAUGGGUGUACCGUCGCACAACCGCGGGACGAUCGACUGUAUGAAGGCCCGAACGUUUUCUAUGGUCUCAUAGCAUCUGGGAAUCAUGUUGUCCGAGAUGCAAGCCACCGAGACCGCCUGAGCAAAGAAGAUGUGAUCUGUGUCGAAAUGGAGGCGGCAGGGGUUGUGAGAACAACUACCAACUGCCUUGUUAUCCGGGGCAUUUGCGAUUAUUCUGACUCGCAUAAGAACAAACUGUGGCAGGAAUAUGCCGCUGCUACAGCGGCCGCUUAUCGCCGCUAA